UUUGGCAAGGGCUGAAACCUUUCCCAAUUCGUCAUUUAGCAUUAAUGUAUCUGUGCACCCACCUCACGCCAUUUCAUCGACUCAAAGCACAAUCCCCAAAAGCUGCGACCACAUCGAGGGAGAGAUUACCACUGUAUCUCUGUGUGUCAGUAGCAACUUAAAGUGUAAGGUCCAUAUUUUGGUGUUAGAGGCUGAAACUGGAGAAGGAAAAGAGAAUCUAUGGAGGGAGACGCAGGGAGAGACUUGGAAGUCCAGAGAAGUUUGGAUGGGAGGGCGAAUGAACCAUCUUGUUGCCUGAAAGCAAGAGCUUCCUGUGUUGAUUCAGAGCUUGAAGCCAAUUGUCAUGCAACAGUUGUUUCUGGAUGGUUCUCUGAUAUAGGUGGCAAAAGCAUGUACUUUAACAACCCCAUGUGGCCAGGAGAAGCGCAUUCCUUGGAAGUAGAAAAGAUUCUGUUCAAGGAAAAAUCAGAGUACCAGGAGGUUGUAGUUUUUGAGUCUGCAACAUAUGGGAAAGUUCUUGUUCUUGAUGGCAUUCUUCAGCUGAGUGAGAAAGAUGAAUGUGCAUAUCAGGAAAUGAUUACCCAUCUUCCCCUUUGUUCCAUUGAAUCGCCAAAAAAGGUUCUGGUUGUGGGUGGCGGGGAUGGUGGAGUGCUAAGGGAAAUUGCUCGCCACAGCUCUGUGGAUUUAAUUGAUAUAUGUGAAAUAGAUAAGAUGGUUAUAGAUGUAAGUAAGAAGUAUUUUCCCGAGUUAGCUGUUGGUUUUGAAGAUCCUCGUGUUCAUCUCCAUGUCGCUGAUGCUGUUGAGUUUAUCCGGAACACUCCUGAAGGAAAGUAUGAUGCCAUUAUUGUUGAUUCAUCUGAUCCUGUGGGUCCUGCUCAAGAACUAGUGGAAAGGCCUUUCUUUGAGUCGAUAGCAAGAGCAUUAAGACCUGGAGGGGUGCUUUGUAACAUGGCAGAGAGUAUGUGGCUCCACACUCAUCUUAUCCAGGAUAUGGUCACCGCAUGUCGCGAUAUAUUCAAGGGUUCUGUUCAUUAUGCAUGGGCAACUGUACCUACAUAUCCCAGUGGUGUUAUUGGAUUCAUAUUGUGCUCAACUGAUGGACCGCCUGUAGAUUUUAAGAUUCCUGUAAACCCCAUUGAGAAGGUAGAGGGAGCACUGGAGCACUGGAGAGAACUAAGAUUCUACAACUCUCAGAUGCAUCAAGCUGCCUUUGCCUUGCCUUCAUUUGUGAAGAGGGAAGUUAGCUGUCUUUGAGGGUUGUUAGUCUCGUGUGGGGCUUGAUAUUGUGGUGUGGGUGCAAACCAAAUUAUGAGUAAGGUGUAGGUACCGUAUGUUAGUGGAUAUGCAUGGUGAAAAUAAUGGUAUUCAUGGGAGGGUUUGUCAUUUGUCCUCUGUACAUGGUCAUCAAUCUUUGUUUUGUGCUUCCAGAAAUAUAUCCAUAAAUUGUUUGUGUGUGUUUAUCUGUCAUAAAAGUGAACUUGGAUGUUAUGUUUCCAAGAAAGUGGAUUUAGAUGUGGGCGUUUUUUAAAAACAAUUUUGAUCAG